ACCUACUUUGGUCACCCCACUGGCAGGUGCUCCGAUGGCCGUCUUAUCAUCGAUUUCAUCGCUGAGUCUAUGGGGAUUCCAUUAGUAAAACCAUAUCUGGGAAUUAAGAAUGGAAAGGUGAAGAAUUGGAACAAAGAGGAAGGAGUGAAUUUUGCAGUUCUAGGAGCAACGGCAUUGGAUGUGAAGUUCUUGGAAGAGAAGGGUAUUUACAAUUGUCCAACCAAUGAUUCUCUCACAAUUCAAUUGGGUUGGUUUAAAGAAGUAUUGCCUUCACUUUGCAAUUCUUCCUCAUGUUGUGAGAAAAUCAUUGGAAAGUCAAUCUUUUUCGUAGGAGAAAUCGGAGUUUGAAGUCGAGCCCCACUGUGCUACCAGCCCAGCUCAACUCGUGGGGGAAUAUUGAAGCCCAAUGUGUAAAUAAAAGCCCACUAGACUCAUACAACUAGCGUGCAGGACAUUUUGUUGUUUCUCUAGAUUCUUCUUGUCAUUUAUACGUGUCUUCCCAGUAGAAGCUAGGUUUCAUUAUAUGUAG